GUCGCGCGGUUCGUGCAUUUUCCGUUGCGUUAAUUUGUACAAAUUUCAUAAUAUACACUUAUAUAUUUUAUAAUUAAAUUCCGUGUGUCCCUUUACGACAAUUUAUCCUUGCUAGAUCCCAUCCCAAGUGACAAUCCAUUUGCUUAUGUAAAAGUCUUUCAACACAUUCGGACUAGUCAAAUCUUACUCGAAGAUGGGAAAUGUGCUUGCCGCUUCGAAGCCCCCACCGCCUCUGUUUGACAGCAAAGUGGACAUACCGGAACCGGUGCCCUCGGCCAGCUUAUCUACAAAAGAGACUGCUGCGAGCGGUGAAGACACCGUGAAUCCGGGGACAAUUGAAGAUUUACAUAAAAAGUGUAAAGAUGUCAUGCCCGUGCCAUUCGAAGGUGCAAAGAUGAUGCUGAACAAAGGGCUCAGCAAUCACUUCCAAGUUUCGCACACACUUAACUUAUGCUCGACAAGCCCGUCUGGGUACAGAUUCGGUGCGACAUACGUUGGGACAAAACAGUUCACGCCUAAUGAAGCUUAUCCCGUAUUGCUAGGCGACAUCGAUCCAUCUGGAAACCUAAACGCAAAUCUCAUUCACCAAUUCUCACCGCAACUUCGUCUAAAGUUCGCAUCUCAGAUCCAACAAAGCAAAGUCACAGCAGCGCAACUUACAACCGAUUAUCGUGGCAAGGAUUUCACCGCAUCCCUUACAGUGGUGAACCCCAACAUUAUCACCAACUCUGGGGUCGUGGUGGCUCACUAUUUGCAAUCGGUCUCAGAAAAAUGUGCCCUUGGCGGGGAAAUCGCUUAUCAGUACGGACCGAAUGUUCCAGGUGGGAAAGUCGCUGUUGUAUCAGCAGCGGGACGAUACGGAGAUGAGAAAUCUACUUGGUCCGGCACGGUGGGUGCCGGGGGUGUGCAUAUUUGUUAUUACCAAAAGGCUAGUGAGCAAUUACAGGUUGGCGUCGAGUUCGAAACGAGCUUUCGACUGCAGGAGUCCGUUGCAUCCGUCGGCUAUCAAGUGGAUUUACCUAAAGCCGACCUGGUAUUCCGAGGGAUGGUCGACUCAAAUUGGAAUGUCAGCGGCGUGUUAGAGAAACGCCUUCAACCUCUGCCAUUUUCGUUCGCCCUGAGCGGCCGAUUAAAUCACGUCGGGGUCACCAAUUUGGUAUUUAUCCAAUUUUAUUUGUUUUAAUUAAAUUAAUGCACG